AUGAGAUUGGAGAUGACUUCAAAGAUCACUUGACAAGAUUAGUAACCUGAAAAAUUAUUAACUCUGCUACCUUGUUCGUUUGUCUUUAUAAAAAUGGCACUCUUCGUGGCUAAGCUGUCCAUUUUUGUUUCAAUGUUGUUUAUUAUAUGUUGGGCCAAGAACGAGUCACAGCAGAUUUUCUCCCAAAUCAUCAAAAUGAAUGUCAAGUUUAAUCGCAGCCCAAUUGCUGAAGAGUCUGUUGGAAGUGCAGUAGAAUGUUGUCGGUUAUGCCACAGCAACCCCCUGUGUAAAGCAGUAAAUUACAUAGCUAAGAAGCAAUGCGAAAUCCUGGAUGACAUACCGUUAGAUCCGAACACUUUAAUAGCUGAUGAACAGUCUGAGUAUUGGGAGAAGACCUGUCAACCAUCGUUUGGUAUAGUCGCAGCCAAUUCAGAUAAUAAUGUUUUACGCACAAUCAUAUCUGCUGAUUGGGGGCUAAACACUUACUACCUGACAUUUAAUCCGAGCUUGUCACAAACAGAUGUUUCCUUUGUCGAGACUGUCGAAGCUGCAACCAUGGGUCAACAUAAGACUGUUCUUAACGUUGCUACGAUGCGAUAUCAUCAGAAUAGCACCUCAAUCACUCUGAUAGAAGAUGGCAAUGGUUGGACCUCGUGUAAUCUUGACAGCACUGCGUGUCCCGGUCCAGGAUCAUGGCCAAAACAUUUUGAACAGUUGACUAAUGGAAAUCGAGUGUGGGCUCUCUUAUCCAAUAAAAAUGGUGAUGGUGUCUAUGCAUUCAGCAAUGACAAAGUUAUUGAAGUAGCAACACCACUUGUCGGUUCCUGGCCCAUAAUCAAUAGAUACGACCUCGAUGAUAACAGCGAAGAAAAUAUUUGGAGAAACGUUCCAAAAGGAGUAAUUGCUGCUUCUUGGAUUCCACAAAAUAUGCCCGGAUUCAGAAAUGCUUUCCUUGCUACUAUCGACUAUUACAUUGUAUUUGAUAUUAUAACGCAUAAUGUUAUCCACAGGAGUCAUUUAUGUCGACCAGUUUUAUAAGUAUAUACCAUAAAUACAUACCAACAAAUAAUGAAGAAAAAAUAUGACAAAGACUUUUUAAAGGUUUCUUUAGAGAAUUCAAUAUCUCUCUGACAUCAGAUAUGACUAACGCGCUAUGCAUUUUGAUUCCCAUGUAUUCGACAUAAUCUGUCUGAGACUAUGUUUAUCCGACAAUAACUUUUUUAGACGGUAUCCGAAACGUAAAUACUGAGAAGAAUGAAAACGCAACACCUUAAUACGUGGAUGUUUGUAAAUCUUAAUUUGAGAAAUACACAUUAUCUUGCAAUUCUGAAUAUAACAUCAGAUCGCGACGAUAACAAGAGAGAAUGAUGUUAUCGCAUUCAAAUCAACACAACAAAGGUCAGUUAUCUCAUUUUGCAUACAUAGGGUGUAAAACGUGGCUUUAAAAAAGCUACUGUCAGUACUACUUCUAUGGUUUUGUUGACACCUGCACACCGAGAACUUGACAUAUUGGUAAAUCCAGGUAUUUACGAGUACAAUAAUUAAGAGUCGUUGCCCAAAGUUUGAAUGUCAUCACACUACCAUCCUGAGACUGGCCGACUGUUUCCAGCAGACAGGUUCCACUUGAGAUAGGUAAAGGCUUGGACGGCAACGCGUGACAACGCCUCAACAAGUUUCAACACACUAUCUGGUAAUGCCUGCCAGUUUGCUGUACUGCUGCAACUGGUAGGUUUAGCAGUAAAAUGGUUCUUUAAGAGUCUACUUACCCGUUGGGCCAUUAUAUACUCUUCCAAAAAAGUAGGGGAUAUUGAAAUGCAAAUACCUAUGCAGGUUGUGAUAUGAUAAAUAGUCAUGGACACUUGACAUGCUUUGAGAGUAUGUUCACAGAUGAAGAACUUAUCGUCUCAACAGAACCACUGAGCUGCAGGUGCGACACGCAAUAGCGCCAUACACGUGGGAGGGGUUCAUUGUCAAAUUUGACACUUCAAGGAAGGGUUGAUGAAAACUGCCGCUUGCUGGUUUAUCCUAUCCAUGUUUGCUUUCCUAUCGGCUCUUGCAUAAGAUUUACUGUUUAGCGUAUCUUUGCUUUAGUGUGUUACGUUUAAUUUGAUCGGGAGACGUCAACGUCAACCGACAACACUGCAAGAAUUGGCCGUGGCACUGCAAGAGGAGUGGGUCAGAUUGCCUCAAAUCGUGAUUGGACGGUUGAUUAGGAGCAUGCCACGACGAAUUGCUGAAUGUCUGAGGAUUGGUGGAGCAAUUACUCAUUAUUAAGACAAAAAUCAAAAACAUCCAUUUUCACUUUUGACAGUGUAUCUCUUUGCGAGUGAAAUGGGCCGUCAGAUAAGCCGCCCAUAUGAACUGUUUAUGUUCAUGUGUAGGCAAUUGGCCUGUUAUUAAAAUACACUGGUUACCUCUAAUAAAAACAGCAGGGCAUUUCCGCAGUUUUGUAUUGUUUCUGAAUAUCCCCUACUUUUUUUAAGGGUAUAUAUAGUUCUGCCAGACAGUCGUACAUUGAACCAAAAUACAAGCUCGUGUCAACCCCCCCCCCCCCAAAAAAAAAAAACAACAACAUGAUGUCUCGCCAGUCAAAUCAAUGGUGUCUUUUCAUUGUGUUCAGUUUAUUACAACUAUUAUAGCAUACUAAACUAACUGUAGACAGGCAGCUCCGCUUGAGAACAGACACUUAUAUUAGUUAGUUGACCUACAUUUUAAGUUCUACAUCGACGAUUUUAGUCGAAAACAUUAGUAUGUUUCGAGAAUUUUGAGAAGUAUAUAUUCUGCUUUCAUUUAAUAAAGAUGAAAAUGUUUAAUUAGUCUUUUUGUGUAUUACAAAACAAUAUAAAGAGAUCUAUUACCGAAGUAUGAAGUACAUGUAUAUGGAUCUCUGUGUGCAUAAUGAUAUUAUAGGGUCCUGUAAAUUGGGAAAAGGGUUAGUGGGAGGGAAG